GCAAUAAGUUUGAAAGCUGGAAAAACCAACGUCACUGUCAAAAGUCCAGGGUUGUUCGCUUGUGAGACAAUCACAUUUGCUGAACUGUUCUCUGGUGGAAAGCAAGUAAAAGUCUUUGCUUCCUUUGGUCACUCAGUUAACAACCAGGCCCGUGGCAAUGGUGCUGCUAUUUGGGUGGAAUCGGCAGAUAGAACUCAAUUCCGCGCUUGUAUCUACGAGUACAGCAACGGCUCAAAUUCAACUGCUGAGAUAAACUGGAUUGCCUUACAAUCUGCUCCCGAAGGAGCACAACUGGGAACCACUUCCCUGGACUCUUGGACUACCGGGACAGAAUGUAAAAAAAUCGACUUUCCUCAGGUACGCUUUGUUUUGCUAUGAUUACCUACAAGGUGCCCAGACAGGAUUAAUCUAAAAAAAGCAGAAACGGGUGAGUCAUGCAAGGUAUAGUUAAAGGAUGUAACUCACGACCGCAAAUGCGAAUCCUCUUAAGGAGCUUAACCAGUUUUUCAAUCAAUGAAUUUAGGAAGAAAUUUGACGUCGCUAAAGUUUCAAGUUCAAUGACCUAUAUACUAUGUACAUGCUAUCAUGCACGGACUUCAUGAUUUAACGAGAAAUGAUAAAAGUCUAAAAGGUGAAUCGUUAGUUUGCUUUCAGGACGAUUAAUACAAUGAAACAGCUUACUUUGUACUGUGAUAUUUUGUUGCUCGGCUGUUCGCAUUUGUUUUCCUGUAUUUUGUUUGUCGUUUUUUUUUUGAAUGCGCAUUAUUAUAAAGAUGUCCACUCCAUGACCCACACUAGCCCACUGAUAUUAUCACUUACCCCCACCCCCCAACUUCAAACCCUCUCACUCUUUCAUCCGUAUUUGAUUAUUACACUCUCAUAUAUACCUCCAGUCUAAAAGCAAUAAAACAUUGCCAUUAGAUGUCAUUUCUUACGCUCGCCGCCGUAAAUCGAUUUAGAGAAUCUUUUAUGAAAUAUAAUCAUUGAACACGGUACACGAACUGAAACUAAAUUAUUUAGGGAUGAUAGAAGAUAUAACUUGUAUUUUUUGCAAUAUUUGUUUUGUAAUUUAAAUAACUUUACACGUUGUAAUUAUAUUUUACCGUGGCUGGUAUUUUGUUUGCAAAAUAUUUUUGUCCUUUCCUCACGACUUCAGUGAGUGUCUCCUUCCACGAGAGGUUUUUUCUGCAUGUGGGUGAAAGCCCGCGUAAUUUCAUGAAUCGCGCUUAAAUAAAUUUGAAAGAUUCUUCUUGUUGUAAAUGCAGCUGCUGCUGUUGUUGUUGUACAGAGAUGAAGCACUGUUUGCUAGAUUUCUCGAUUUAACUUAAGUCACGGUCCCUGAUUAUAAUUGUUGGUGUUCACACCGUAAUGAAUGAGUUGUAAAUUUCCUUUGCCUUUUUUUUUUUUUUCAGGGUCCUUUAACUCAUUCAUCCUUUUUCUUUCCUUAUUUAAAGCGUUUUCCGACUCCUCCAAUCGUACUCGCGAUUCCUAGCCACCAGUUUCCUGAGAGACCUCAAGACGCCAUGGCAGUGUGGGUGGAGGAGUUGACCGAAGACAGUUUUAAAAUCUGUCUUAAGGAAGUGAAAAUUUUCGACGGACUUCACAAAGGCAUUGCUAUUGUAAGCAUUGUUUAGAAACUUUUUUAAAGACCUGUAUCCAAUUGCAUCGACUUUUCUUAGCUAAACAUACAUUGCAUUGUAUAUCUGUCUGGAUUUCAUAUAAGGUGCCUGUACUGAGUCUCUAGACGGUCAAUUCCUGCCAUUACUCACCCUCCCCACCCAUGAAGCUUAUGACUAGUCAAUCACUUCUCCCAAGCUCUGCUAGUAGUGUUAUGAUUAUGAGUCACCGCAUUGAUUUGGCUGGCCAACUGGCCACAGGGAAAAUUCUCUGACUUUGCACUACUUUUUGACAUAAAACUCUAACUCUAAAGUGACAAAAUCUCCCCUCCCUACCCCCCCUGGUUUUCACUCAAAACAAGGAAGCCACCCACGGAUAGGUCUGGGCCAGGGCUCACACUGGCGCGUGAACACGGCCGAUGCCCGUGUUCAAGCGAAAACUUAGCGGGCCCGUUUUAGCAAAAUCACACAGAUAUAAAUUUACCAGAAUACUUACAAAAAUAAAUAGUCGAACUAACCAUACAUUUUUAGUUUUGAAAUAUCAUUCCUCGCAGUUAUUCCUUUAUUAGUGCCUAAACUACAUAAAAAAGGGCAAAUAUGUGUAUAAAGUACAUACAGUUAUAAGAAAGUAAUUGGUUCGAUUAGAACAACCCUCAAGACAUUUGGUGAAAAAAGCAAACAAAAACCAAAUUAAAAGAAAGAAAAACUGUCAGUGCAAUCAAAUCUCUGUUACCAUGUAUACAUGAGUAAAGGUGCUCAAAUUAAAUCUUACCAUAAGGUUUUAUGAAAUGAUAUACUUCAGUUAUCGACUCAGUACUGGUUUUAUUAAAUUAUAAUCAGGUUCCUACUUGAGUAAAACUUCUACAGGAACUGGUCCCAUUCCUUGGAUAACUGACUCACUAAGCUUAAAUGUCUUUUUUUUUUUUUUCGUUGUUGUAGAACUGGAUGGCUUAUACAAACCUUCGAGUCGAUAACUUCUCCUUAUCUGACAGUCUUGUGUUUGCGAACAACAACUUUCCAUCUCAACAGAGUGACUAUGCCUUUUGCCAGGUAAAGUGUAAUAUACUCUUAUUACUUACUUGCGUACUUUUACUUACUUACUUAUAUUAAUUUUAAAAAUGAUUAAUUAAUUAUUUAUUCGUUCGUUUCUUGGUGAUUUACAAUUGUACCAUGAAUUUCACUUAUGUAUUCUAAACGAGACAUUCUCUCUUAAGCAGAAACGUAGUUAAAUAAAUGGUGAUGAUGUUGUUGUUGAUGAUGAUUAUGAUGAUGAUGAACUUAACUAUGGCUCGUUUGUAAGUUAAUUGAGUUGACGUCAGGAGCCGAUUACUUUGUUGACGUUUAGUUAGUCUUCGAGAAGAUGUAAGAAGACGUUUUAAGUAUUUUUGACCAUGCAACUUUAAAAAAUUAUAUCUCUGCUGUUAUUUACAGUUCCAUAUCAAGCUAUACCUCAUUGGAAAGAACAAAAAAUAAACUUUCAGAAAAAAAAUAUUUCGGUCUCAGAGAACCCAUAGUAUUCUGCACAAAAAAAAUAAACAAGGCAUAUUUCUAGAUAAUUAUUUUUAAAAAAAUUAAAGAGUGUAAUUUUGCAAGGAAAGUUGUAUAUUUUAUGUAAUACAGUACAACUAAUUUUUUUCUUCAAUAUCUCAGUAAAACAGCCCGAAUAUCGGUCGAAAAUAUAGAGCGGCUAGCAAUUUUCUACAAAUUUAUUUUGUGACCCUAUCGGAUUAUGCAAAUGAGGUCAGAGCUAAUUAGCAUGGCAAAACUACAGUCUGUAGAUACUUUAGCGUCACUUUGUGGCCCGAUAUGUACCUUCAAAAGACGCUUUAUUUUCUAGUUUCAAGGUGAAAUAUCGAGUUAAAAACAAGCAAACAUGAAUUCACUGAUAUAAGUCAUCAAAAUAAGCAAGGCUUUGAAGGCAAAAAGCUCCGCGGGACGGAUUUCACUGCGUUUCAACAAAAUGUGUACCAGACUAUGGCCUACUCGGCGAGUUAGAAGCAAAGAUUCUCACUGUUUUAUUACCUCUAUUUUCGCGUUUAUUUCGCUUGUUAUCCUCCAAAAUAAUUUGCUUGACUUGUAUUUGGUCGAAAUUCGUCGAUAAAAGCUUUCAUUCUUGGCAAAAGCCGCGACAAAAUUCUUCACGACGGAAGCGCCAUUUUCACUAGAUUUGAAAAAAUCGUUGCGUGAAGCUCAAACCUCCCCAGGGCCUGGAACUUGGCACAUAAUUGACUAAAUCUAUUGACUUCCUGUGGGCCAAAUUUGGAGGCAAUCGGAAGUAACACAAUUUUUCGCGAGUGUUGGUCGCGUCAUCGAUCAAAAGUGGUCGAAAUGUUCACGUUCGGAAGAGAAUGAGAAAAUAACGGUAAAAAGCUUUACAUUUUUGUUACAGAAAAUCAACUUUACAGAUCAAUUCUACGCUCCCCCAGUGGUAAUGGUGACAGCUGAACGAGUUAGCAACGAUUCACAUUUGUCCGGAUGUAACGCAAUCACUGCUUGGGUCGAGGUAAGGGAAGAAACAGACUGGUCGACAGCAUACUUUACCCCAGUCUAGUCGAAGGGUUUGUUGAAAUACUAGAAAAUUAAAUCACACAUCAAGUGUUAUUUUUCAAAGGAACUGCUAAUUACUUGAAUUAAAUUUUCACGCGAAAAAAAAAUUAUGAAAAUAAGGCAGACAGUUAGAGAUUUUUUUAAUUCUGAAUUUUUCUUGGAUGUGUGUAGCCUUACAGUUUUCGUCUCACCGAUUGUUUUGUGAGAUUUUUCAAACUGUUUUGGAUAGCAAUUAAUAAUUGCUAAUGUUCCACUCCUAGUACACGUCCACCGCAGAUACGGAAAUUUGUGUCCGAACUUACGACGCCAAGAGCAAGCAGACCAUAAAAGUAGAAUACCUGAUUAUUGGAGGUAGGUAUUUUAAAUAAUUAAGUGCUAGCUUCUAAAAUAUUCUAACUCUUCACAACCUGCAAGUGUAACUGACCCAAUUUGGAAGAUGUUUUUAACCAUUUCAUCUUUGACGUCAAUGAAGUUCAAAGCAAAGUAGCAAUUCAUUUUUUUUAUUAUUUAUUUAUUUAUUUUAUUUUAUUUGCUAUUCCAAAGUACAACAAUUACAACAAUUACAAUUAUUAUCACAAAGCAUACAUGCACAAACUUACUAAACACCUAAGCAUACGUACAAUUCCACAAUUACAGACAAGGUAAUGCUUACUGUUAUUUUACUAGUGCUAUUCAAAAAAGAAGAAACUAAUCAUUUUUUCAAAAGAAGAAAAACUACCUAGAUUACAAAGUCCAUUUGUCCAUUAAUUUUUGUCAAGUCUUAUUCUUAGUGAAAAUAUAUUUUUCUAUUUCAUAUUUACCGUUUAUUCUAACUAUAAAACUGUUUAUGGUUGGGAGUAGUUCAUUCCUUCUGCAACUCCAUAAAUGUAUUUUCCCUAUAACUAUAAGAUAAUUAAGCAAGGGGCAUAGAGUCAGAAGAUAAGAAGCCGAUCCAAAUUUCCUUUAAUGUUAGGUGAACUAGUUGUUUUCGCAACCCAAAAUAAUAUGAUUCAACACAUUUCCAAAAUGAAUUCGAAUAAUGGCAAUCCCAAAAGAAAUGUCUAAUAGUUUCUGAUUCCCUUUUGCAAAAAGAGCACAAGUUGUCUGUCCUGUACCCAAUCUUGAACAACUUUGAGCAGGUAAAAAGUAUAGAAUUAAGUAUUUUAAAUUGAAAGGCUUUGAUAUAAGGUUCAAACGCGAUAGAAUGAGGCAAGAGAAAUGCCUUUCUGAGAUCGUCAUUAGAUAGAUUAAAAUACAACUUCAGUUUUUGUGCAUAAUUUGGGAGACAAGCCUUCUUUUUGAUCAAAAAAGGAUAAUAAUCUUUUGAUUUCUUUUUUGCUAUGUCGAAAACGCCGCCAUUGAUUUUAAAGGAAGGUAUUGCAUUAAAGGUACUCGAAUCCGAGCGAUUAAGAACUCUUAAGUUGGUUGGUAUUGAAUGUCUCAUACUAGUCCAUUGAAGGAAGUUUGUCUUUUUAACAUUUUUUGCAAUCCGUUCGUAGGAUUCCGUAUUGCUUAGAUCAAAAUGUAGGUAUCCUAUUUCCCAGAUACCAAUGUCGCAAUAUUUCUUGUAGAAAAAGGGCUUGUCGUCUAUUCUAAAGUCUCUAUUAUUCCAAAUUACAUAAUGCCAAUCGUUAUUAAUUAUAAGAGCAUUAUCUUCUCGGAGUUCCGACCACCAUUUAAGUAGUUCUAAAUAAAAGGUAGAGGUAAUUUGAAGAUCCUUAACAUUAUAAUUGCAUUUAAAAAGCAUUAGACCUCCAGAAUCUUUCAAGAUGUAUUCAAGGUAGUUUUUCCACGCGCCUGAGUUGUCACUAAAUAUUCGUUUAAGCCAGGAAAGAGGGAAGGAUUUUAUCAAACUUUCAUUAUCCACCAUUUUGAUGCCUCCUUCUUCAUAAUUAUUUAUUGUUGACGCUCUUCUUACUUUAUCUUUACCUUUCCAUAAAAACUUAUAUAAUAUAUGAUUUAAAUCCCUGACAAUGUUUUGCGGAGUAGGUAAUAAAGAGGACGUGUAAACGAUCUUAGGUAUAAGAAGUGAUUUGAUUAGAAUAACCUUUCCGUAGACAGAAAGCCCCCUUGAGGACCAGAUGUUGAUUAGUUUUUUUAAUGUCGACGAUUUUCUCUGAGAAAUUCUUUGAGUGAGACAACUUAUGGUCAUAGGUGAAAAAGACACCUAGGGCUUUUAUUGGCUCUGUGGGCCAUUUGAUUCGUAGAGGUUUAUUUUCACUGUUCUUCAGUGAUCCUAUCCACAUUCCUUCAGUCUUUGAACUAUUUACCUUUAAGCCAGAAAGCUCCUUAAACUUAUCAAGCAGUUGGAAGAGUUUUUGAGCUGACUCUAAAUCAGCGAGUACAGCAGUAGUGUCAUCUGCGUAUUGAAGAAGUUUGGUCUCUUCUUGAUUUAUUACUAUUCCUUUUAUUUCUUCGCUAGCUCUGAUGGCGAUCGCUAAGGUUUCCACGGCCAAAAGAAAAAGAUAUGGGGAAAGAGGGUCACCCUGCCUGACGCCACGUGUCAGUUCAAAAUAGUCUGAACACAACCUAUUAUUUACCACACAACUUUUAAUAUUUGCGUAAAAAGUUUUGAUCCAGCGCUUAAAAUUUGGACCAAAAUUAAAGACAUCUAGACAAUUAUACAGGAAGUUCCAUUCUAAAGAAUCGAACGCUUUUUCAAAAUCAAUAAAUAUCAACAGACCAGGCAUAUUUUCCUUAUCUGUUAAAUCCAUGAUAUCGAAGAUCGACCUAACCGUUUCACCGAUAUAGCGUUCGUUUACAUAACCAGUUUGGUUAUGGUGGAUUAUAGAAGGAAGUAUAUCUUUAAUUCUGUUGGCAAUCACUUUUGAUGUUAUCUUAGCGUCAGCAUUGACAGGUGAUAUGGGCCUCCAAUUUUCUAUUAAUGUACGAUCUUUGCCUUUCUUUUCUAUUAAAGUGAUUAGCCUGCCUUUGGGAAUUAGACAUUUCUUCUUUAUCAAAGGAUUCAUUGACGCAAUCUAUGAAGGGUUUACUAAUGAGAUCCCAGCAGCCUUUGUAAAAUUCAAUGGGGAGACCAUCAUUCCCUGGUGAUUUAUUGUUUUGAAACGUUUCUAUAAUUGUUCUACAUUCCUUGGUAGAAAUUCGUCCUUCACACGAUUGCCUUUGUUCUUCCGAUAGUUUUGGAAUAUUUAAACUAUUUAGAAAUGCCUCUAUGGAAUCCGUAACCUCUACAGAGUCCUUAGUUUUGUAUAGGUUUUGAUAAAAUCGUUUUUGUUCGGCGAGUAUCCGAUACGGGUCUGUAGUUAUUGAACCACUUAUUAACAAUUUUCGGAUGUGUUUUUUGACAUGGUUUCUCUUUUCUAGAUUUAAAAAGUAUUUAGUACUCCUUUCACCAUAC